GAGCUUAAAGGGAAGAGCUUCCAUCCAAGUUUUGCCUGUUGUCUGGAUUACAUCUAACUUGGGACACUUCUUAGUUAUGGGUGGGUCAUACUGACUGAAGCCCUUGUCUUGGUCUUUGGAAACCCUCGUACCUAUGGAAUAAAAUCAAAAAAUGGAGCUCUCUGCUUUUCUGUAAAUUAGAAUUCUUAAAGUUGAAUGUGUUUGUAGGUGGUAUUCUGCAAUUAAGUACCUAUGUAAACGAAUGCAUAACAAAUAGCACCUGGUAGCAACUGUAAUUAGCUCUGCAUAACAUAUGACUGCUGUGGUAAACCUUGAGAAACUUCUCAUCAAAAAGUAAGGCAUCCUGCUUACCGUGAAAUUUUGAUGAAUGACGUGCCACUUGAAGAUCUUUGUGUAGGCAUUUGGGUGAUGAACGUGGGAAUUAAAGAGCCAAUUGAAUGCACAGACUCCCAACUGAUGUGAAGAGAGGCCCACUGCAAAGAUGAAAGCUGCAUUCUUGAUAAUUUUGUUGGCAUCUGUCUGCCUGCUCCAUGCUGGAGCUGAGGAUACCAGAACUGAUGAUAACAAAAUUCCCAUUUUUCCAAGCUUUGAUGUCCAAAAGGUUGCUGGGACUUGGUAUCGCAUUGCAGUUGCCUUAAGAAACAUUGAGCCAAUGAAGGUCAUCUCCUUUGAUGAUAUAUUGCUGCCUACUGAUACAGGAGAUCUGAUUUUCAUAAUGCGCUACGUUGUAGAUGAAGUAUGUAAGGCAGCUACAAUAAAAGUGCUGCACACAGACCAGCCUGGUGUAUUCACAGUUCCUGCUACCAAUGAAACCAUAAAAAUGGUGGACGUAGUUUAUAAAAAGUACUACAUUGUAUAUGUUCAAGGGAAAAACAGCAACAGCAUGUAUCUCUUAAGCAGAAAACGAGAAGUAUCAGAUGAUAUCAUGACCAAAUUCAAGGAUGCUGCUGUAUCUCUGGGAUUUGAUGUGAACCAAAUAAGCAAUGAGCAGCUAGCAGAGUCAUGCCCAUAAUGUUACUAAGUAUAGGGAAAUCAGAAUUUGGAGGAAUUUUCAAGGAAUGCA